UCAAAGAAAAUAUCCUGCCUUGUUUGGUGGCGAGAUAACAACAGGACCAAUGAAUGCACAACUAACACACUUAGCACCGAACCAUGGAUCCACCUCUAACUAACCGUUUGUUGGCAAUUAAUAUGGUACCAACAUUUUUACGGGGCAAGGCACUUGCAGACGAUAAAAGCGUUUCAUUGAGAAGAUUUUGUGGUUGGAUCAUGUCCUCCGACAAUGUAUUAUAUCAUAUGCCUCGCCAUUUGCAACAUAACCAACCGCUCGCUUAGCCACUCCGAGCAUCUCUCUUAGUUUCUUUACCAACCUACACCAACACGUCUUCCUAACUUGCACUAGCAUCUCCCAUCACUUGCUCUCUAACCUCCCGACUCCGUUCACAGAAACACCUCCAAAAAUGAUCACCGAAGCCGCAAAGACCACCGCAAAAUGAAAGCCGUAAUCAUCCAAGAUGUCGGCCGACCAGCUCUCACGGAGAUCCCCGAGCAGACCAUGAGACCCGACUAUAUCAGAGUGAAAACCGUAGCAGUGGCCGUGAAUCCAAGUACAUUCCUUCCCGAAGUCUUCCAGUUUCUGGUGUGGGAAUUGACGCGUGCGCAGCUGAUUUUCAUCAUGCGGGUGGUGUUGGACGGGUUGGUGGGAUUUUAGGUAUGUGAAUUGAUACUAGGAGACUGGUCAAGUUUUUGGUAUAGUAAGAAUAACACGAUGGUACUUGUAGGUCUCGAUCUCUCAGGGAUCGUCGAAGAGGCGGGGAAGGAUUGUAGAAGUCAGUUGAAGAAGGGGGAUUGGGUAUAUGGUGUCUGUCACUGUGCGAAUCUCGUAAGUCUUCCGAUUCGUUUCUUCGUUACCAUACAUACCACUGCGAUUCAAAAACAAAACUCAAGUUAAGCAACUAAACAGAACAACGCCGAGGACGGCGCGUUUGCGGAAUAUGCCAUGGUCAAAGAUGGACAUAUCGCGAAGAUCCCGCAAGGCGUGAGCUUCGACAACGCGGCGACGUUGGGGGUGGGCUUGAGCUCGGUAGGACAAGCUUUGUACAUGGUUUUGCAACUGCCUCUCCCCACGGCGCCUACACCGGCUCCCUUCCCAAUUCUGAUCUCGGGGGGAAGCUCGGCUACGGGGACGCUUGCCAUUCAAUACGCGAAGCUGUUGGUUUCCCCUCUUUGCUUCGUCCUUAAUCUAAUCAGAGGUUAAUACUGCAACAGAUCAGGCCUAACAGUCCUCGCAACCGCGAGCCCAAAACACUUCGACCUCGUCAAGUCCCGAGGUGCAGAUACAGUCUUCGACUACCACGACCCAGCAUGCGGGCAAAAGAUCCGAGAGUACACUCACAAUUCGCUGCGAUACGUCUUCGACACCGUCUGCACGACGGAAAGCUUCAACCUCUGCGCCGAAGCACUUCCCACCGAUCCCACGGAAGAAAUCAAAUGGUUUCUUUGCUACCAGUAGAUACCUGGCCGCGGAAAGACGUAACACCGACUGUGAUCCUCGCAUACACCACAUUCGGCGAGGCAUUCACAAAGUUCGGGACGGACUUCCCUCCGAUGGUAGAACAUUUUAAUUUUGGUGUUAUGUUUUGGGAAUUGACGCAAAAGCUGUUGGCAGAAGGGAAAAUCAAGCCUCAUCCCGUUUCGCUUCGGCCGCUUGGGCUUGCGGGGAUUCCUGAUGGGUAUGUUCGAAUUCAAAAUUUGUUGCUUUGGGAUGAAUGUGGGAUGCAUGAUCACUAACGAAACGAACGACAGAAUCGCUGAAUUUCCCAAGGGCACGGUGAGUGGCUUCAAACUGGUGUACAAGGUCUCGGAGACUCCUGAUGAGGCGAUGGCUAGUGAGGGACCUGCGUUGAAGUCAACACUUGAGAAAUGAUAGUUGAGGACACAAUGGUUUCACCAUUUUAUUCCUAUCUUCACAUAAAUCCAAGAUCAGGAAUCGAGUAACUGUAGUAGUUCACAAAACCGCACGUCAUUAUACACCGCAAGCAAGCUUUCCAUUCCCCUCAUUUCCGCUUUACUUCGUUCCACGGGCUUACUCCAGUAAGUCUUACACUCUUACACUAAGAAUCCCCCCUGCCCCCCGCUUCCAAAACAACUCGCUUAUUUCCAGACAUCAUUCCAUAAAGAAACCAAAAACCAAAAACAAUAAAAUUAUACCUCAGAGGCCUGGAGAAUCAAAUUGAACAUUUCCAUCUUGCGAUGAGUGCUUGCUAUAAAACAACACCUCACUCAAUUACCCGAUACUAAAAAUAUAAUACUACUGAUAACAAAGUCCGGACAGUGUAACUAGAAAAGAGCCUGGAGUAACAAUACUGUAGCAAAGAUCACAAGCUAAGUAUCUCCCUCCAGAGCACAGCACCAAGAGAUAACACAUGACGCACAACAACAGACAUAACAGCGACAUCCCAUACAGAAAAUCCCCUCUCACAUGAAGCUAGCUACAGUAGCUUAGCCCGAGGCUUGUACUAAGCUUGCAAACCACAUAAAAAACAAGUCGUCCUUCCAACACUUCCAACACCGAAAAUAUCAUUAAUUAGUAAAUUCAAGCCAUUACUAUUCUACCUCCCCUUUCCAACCCCCACGUAAAACAAAAAGGCUCAAUAUACACAAAGACGCCCUCUACGCCAAACUCAUAUACAAAUCACCUCCCCAUUAAAGAAUUUCGAAUCUUCAUCUCCGUAUUGCAAAAUCCCCCAAAUCAUCAGCACCGGUGUAGUGCAGACCUAGCUCAAGAUAGCAACUCCGCUCGCUGGGUAUAAAUCCACCGCGCCAAAUCUCAUUCCCAUCAUUCAUCAUCUCAUCCAUGCAUCAUCCAUCCACGUAUGUAUAAAAACCUCUACAUAACAACACAACACCCCUCCAACUUCUUCAGAACCUUGGGCAGCAACUUCUUCGCCAACUUCUCCAUCUCGUCAUCCCCGCCUUGCUGCUGUUGUCCAUGUUGCGGCGCACCAGGGUAACCACCAGAUUGAGGUCCACCAGGAUAACCGCCUUGCUGAUGACCGCCAUGAUGUUGUUGACCUCCGUGAUGUUGACCUUGAUUCCCAUGGUGUUGACCGACAUUAGGAGGCAUAAUAGCUUCUCCACCUUGAAGAUUGAUGUAGAUAACCCCAGCAUUGGCCUCCGUCGCGAAUUGUAGACCCUCUUCUCGACAUACUUCCUCGACGGCAGGUUUGAUUUUUUGAACAUGGUUCACUGAGUGAUUUCCCUUGCCAACGAUCCUGUAACUCGUCAGCGCCCACUCUAACAUUCAUCCCCCCAUCCCCAUCUCCCCUCACCACCCAUUGCCCCCUCUAANGGUUCACUGAGUGAUUUCCCUUGCCAACGAUCCUGUAACUCGUCAGCGCCCACUCUAACAUUCAUCCCCCC